AGAAAAACUGCCAGUCCAUAUGCUGAAAGCUGUGCCCAGGAGGUAACUAGUCUUCCUUGCUGCGUGCAGAACUUCUCUCAAGUCCUAAGUUCUUAUGACGUCACUAAAAGUACAAGAGUUUUGGCGAAUCACGUCAGCUGCCAGUCUUAAACAUGGCUACCCACCACUUCCGGGACUUGAAACCAAUUAAAAACAGAGGGUGUGGCUAGCAGCCUGUGCCACGUUCCAUCGGUACGUGAUGACGUCAGCAAGUACUCCAGUUCUGCCUGCUGGUUGGUGGCAUAGGCCUCUGGGGGUGUGGCUUGUGCUGGUGGUGUCCCUGGCUCGGCCGCGUCGGGGCGUGGUUUGCUGGCAUAGAGUGGCAGUUGGUAGAAGUAAGCGAGCUAUGGGCUCCAGCCGGGGCUGAGGCUGUACGGGGUGACUGACGGACCAUACCGGCUAAUCAUGGAGGACGUCAACUCCAACAUGAACGCAGACCUGGAGGUGCGGAAGCUGCAGGAGUUGGUGAAGAAGCUGGAGAAGCAGAACGAGCAGCUCCGCUCCCGCUCCACUCUUGCCCCGAACUCGCCCAGAACAGCCGCGCUGCCCCCGGCUCCCCGGCCGCAGCCCUCUCCGCACACCGCCCCCGCCUCCAUGCUGCUUGUGGCCACCGGCGGCCGCAGCCUGAGUCCCGGGCCCGCAGGAGGGCGAGGAGACGGGGCCGCCUGGGAAGAGUUCAUGGAAGCGGUAGCCGAGGAGAGGAGAAGGGAGGCGGAGAGCGGGCUCCUGCUGGACCAGGUGGUGUCGCUCCGGCCGGAGGAGCUGGAGGGGAUGGUGGACUUCGAGGAGGAGGAGAGCUGGUUGUACACUUCACCAAAGAAAAGGUCCUCCUCCUCACAGAAAUCCGUUAGCCCGUUGGUCUGGUGUCGGCAAGUUUUUGAUAGUCCCUCACCUGACCUGGAAUGUGCAAAAAAGUCACUCAUCCACAGGCUCGACCAGACCAUGUCAGCCAGCAAGAGGCAGAGCAUGUACAGCAUUCCCUAUAGCUCCUCCAGCUAUUCCUACAGCUCGAAUCCUAGUGGAAGCCCAUACAACAGCGGUUUCAGCUCCCCCUCCUCCACUUCUGGGAGAACCCCGACCGUGAGGCAGCUGGUUCUGCCGAGCAGCACAGGGCACUAUAAAAACUCUGCGGAGAGAAUCCCUCCUCCAGUCAGUCCACAGUCCUCUGUAGACAGUGAACUCAGUACGUCUGAGAUGGAUGAGGACUCUGUAGGGUCAGGUUACAAGCUAAAUGAUGUCACCGAUGUUCAGAUACUUGCCCGGAUGCAAGAGGAAAGUCUACGACAAGAAUAUGCAGCUUCUGCUUCCCGCCGCAGCUCUGGCUCAUCGUGCCACUCUAUGAGGAGAGGGACAUAUAGUGACCAGGAACUGGACGCUCAAAGCUUAGAAGAUGAUGAGGAUGCAGUCCACCCCUCUGCACAUCUGUCUGCGAGCAGGUUCUCCCCUUCUCCACGUCACUCUCCUCGGCCUUCUCCUAGACAUUCUCCCAGAAAUUCACCCCGCUCUAGGUCUCCAGCUCGCAGCCUGGAUUACCGAGGAGCUUCUCCCCAGCCUAUGCUCAGCCGUCUGCAGCAGCCUCGCCUCUCGCUCCAGGGACAAGCCACCGACAUGCAAACAAACGUGGUAAAAAAUGAAGAGAAACUGAGACGGAGUCUUCCAAAUCUCUCCAGGGUAUCGGGCACACAGACGGAGGCUGUAAAAAAUAGCAGAAGCUACGAGUCAAACUUGCAAGUGCCAAAUGGUGGAGCAUCUCGAGUACCAAGCACUUCCACAUCAAAAAGGCAGAUAAGUAUGCCACGUACAUCCCAGAAAACAAAACAGGGUGUUGCAGCCCCUAAAGGAGUACCGUCUCCUGGCAAGUUCCGGUCCCCUGCAGCUACAUCUCCUUUAGCACUACGGCAGCCGAUGAAGGCUUUAUCUAACCCUGGCUCUCAGCUUACUCAAGAAGCAGUUGCCGCGGCUCAGAACCACUUUACAUCAGGCCCACCUUCCAACCAACAGUCUGGCUCUGCAAGUCCAGUUGCUCGGGCUAGCACACCAAUGAAGAGUGGUUUGCCAAGACCUAGCACACCAUCAGGUGGUAGUAUACCAGUGCCUCGCAGCAAAAUUGCACAACCUGUACGAAGAUCAUUACCAGCUCCAAAAACACAUGGCGCCUUGAAAGACGAUAGCUGGAAAGAAGGUUGUUACUGAUCCACAAAACCCUAAAGCUUCACUGCUCGAAGGACACGUCAUCCACACUGUGACUACAGAGUAACCCGCCCUCAUGGGACAGUUUGGGGUUUUCCUAACUGAUCCCAGGGUCCUCUGUCCGUAUCUAGCACAAACGGCAGAGGUUACAAAGAAGAGCACUUUAUUGAUGUUGACCAUCAGAUGUUCUACUCAUGCAAUCACUCUCUCACGACAUCGGCCAUCAUUUAAUUUUAGCUUUCUACAGUCUUAACCCUUCAGAAACUAAAUGCACUGCAUCCUUAUUUGGCUUUUCAAGUAAAUACUGGUAAAGGAAUAACAUCUGGUAAUGGCAUAUUUUUUUUUUGCUUACAACAAAUGUGGUUAAUGCCAAAGAACAACUGCUGAAAAGAUUUUUUUAUAAAUAUAUCAAAUAUAUUGAGAGUUUAUUAUGCAUUAAGCACUAACAUUGCAACUGUCUACAAAGAUAUAUCAGCGGGUAGACUAUGAGUACUGAUUUUACAGUUUUAUGCAAAGAGAAAAAUGGUUCUGUGCUGUGUAUCCUAUGGAAUAGCUUGUUGAGGCUUUCACAAUCAUUAACUCUGCCCGGGAUCCGACAUAAUGGUACAGUUCCUUGGUUAGGUAGCGUUAGGCAGGCUUUACAAGGUCAGGUUUUCCAGUGUAGUCUCUGGGUCCCCAAAAAAAAGGUGUGGUGGUAUCUAUACUUUAUACUUCCUCUCCCUUGGCUUCAGAAAUGGUAUCUGAAAACCUGAACGUGGAAACCCAGCCUUACUAUUUCAGUCUCUUCAUUGAUGACCACCUAAAGGAGCUCUAAACCAGAGCAUAUGGGAGAAAACCUGACGUGGUUGUUUGAUUUAAGAGCUUGCAGAAAACCGUGUGGACAAUCUCUUGGGGUACUUAACAGUUACAAAUCUGGCCAUGUAAAGAGUGCCCAUUGACCAUAUUGUAUGUUAAUUGGCAUUCGUUUAUAGGGUUUGUUCACCACAGGGAGCCAAUAGGAAAAAACACUUCUUCACCAACGUGGCCAGACCUGAGGAAAUCAUAUUUAUUCAUAUUACCUGAUCUCCGCUACUGCCUUCUGGCCCAUUCUCGCUGCAGAUCUGUCUACUUGUGUCAACAUCCUGUUUGACGUGGGUCAUAUGGCUGCUGUGGCCAAUAAAUGGCACACACAGUGGUGUCAUGUCACAGGGUCAUGUAACACAUAGGGAAUAAUUCACUGCUGCAACCAGUCAUUGGCUGCAGUGGCCACAUGACCCAUAUCAAACCGAAUGUUGGCACAGGUACAUGGAGAUCUGCAGCGGGAGAGUGAAGGAGCCAGAAGGCAGCGGCGGGGAUCAGGUAAGUAUGAUUCCCUUUACAGCCCUAUUAUACCGGCAGAUGCCCGGGCAAUAUGAGCGCCUAUAGACGAUGAACAUCCAUCGGUGCUCAUUUACACAUGCUGGUUCAAAGCGCAUGUGGAGGAAUGAUCACCACCGCAGUUGUUCCUCCCUCAUUCAGUUCUGUUGAUUAUUGGCAGCCCAUCCCUGAUUACACAGGGAGAUGUGCUGCCGAUAAUUGGGCAUCUUUCAUCCUAAUAGGGCCCUAAGGGUAAGAACAGGGCUUGCGGCAUCUGAAGUAUUGAUCUAUAUAGCGGUAGCUCUCCUGUCCUAAAAUGAAGAGGCUAUACACAAUGAUGUGUAAUGAUCCGAGAACUAUCCACUUGUUCCAUACGGGGUAUGCACGCUGAUCUACCUUUUCACUGUCAGAAUCUCUGUAGAGUGAUCUGUGUGCCAAGUGGCCUAAUAGCUGUGUGCGCUGUCCUGCUGCAUCCCCUUUCUGUACUUGGAGGGUUAAAUAUUGGAAAGCUUUGUCCCCCAUUAUCCCUUGUUCCCUCUGCAUUUUACGUUGCGUCUGACGUAUUUAAAUUGUACAUAAUUUCCUCCUGGCGUCUCAGUAUUGUAGUAAUUUCUCUUGCCUUACUUAUCCCAUAUUUAGCAUUACCUGUGCCAGCAUUUACCAUUGCUCUAUCCAUAAGGACAGGUCACCACUUCCGCUGUCUAAAUGGCAGUCAAUCGUACACCAUGUCUGUGUGCUUUGUAUUAGGGAUCGACCGAUUAUCGGUUUGGCCGAUAUUAUCGGCCAAUAUUGAGGAUUUUGAACGUUAU